CCUCCGCCGCCGCCGCCGCCCGCAGCAAGUUCGCCGAGCGCCCCGGGGACACGGAGCGGAGCCCGGCGGAGCGGGCAGGGCUGGGCAGGGCCGGGCAUGCCGGCGGCGGCGGGCGAUGGGCUCCUGGGCGAGCCGGCGGGCGGCGAGGCGCGGCGGGCGGCGGCGGACGGCGGCUCCUUGCUGGCCGCCUGGCUGGGCGCCGCCGCGCCCCGGGAGCGGCUCCGCGACUUCCAGCACACCAAGAGGGUCGGCAACUACCUGAUCGGCAGGAAACUGGGAGAGGGCUCCUUCGCCAAGGUCCGCGAGGGGCUGCAUGUGGUCACCGGGGAGAAGGUGGCAGUGAAAGUGAUUGACAAGAAGAGGGCCAAGAAGGACACCUAUGUCACCAAGAACCUGCGGCGGGAAGGGCAGAUCCAGCAGAUGAUCCGCCACCCUAACAUCGCCCAGCUGCUGGAUAUCCUGGAGACUGAGAACAGCUACUACCUGGUCAUGGAGCUGUGCCCUGGGGGCAACCUGAUGCACAAGAUCUACGAGAAGAAGAGGCUGGAGGAGCACGAAGCCCGCAAGUACAUCCGGCAGCUCAUCCUGGCCGUGGAGCACCUGCACCGGGCUGGGGUCGUGCACAGAGACUUGAAGAUAGAAAAUCUGUUGCUAGAUGAAGACAACAAUAUCAAGCUUAUUGACUUUGGAUUGAGCAACUGUGCAGGAAUUUUGGGUUAUUCUGAUCCCUUCAGCACCCAGUGUGGGAGCCCAGCAUAUGCAGCCCCUGAACUUCUGGCAAGGAAGAAGUACGGGCCCAAAAUAGACGUGUGGUCCAUUGGGGUGAACAUGUAUGCCAUGUUGACUGGAACAUUGCCCUUCACUGUGGAGCCAUUCAGCCUGAGAGCCUUGUACCAAAAAAUGGUGGACAAAGAGAUGAACCCCUUUCCCACCCAGCUCUCCUCAGCUGCCAUAAACUUCCUGCGCUCUCUGCUGGAGCCAGACCCUGCCAAGAGACCCAACAUCCAGCAGGCCCUGGCAAACAGAUGGCUCAAUGAGAACUACCCUGGAAGAGCUCCACCCAAUGUCACCUAUCCAAACAGGAUUCACCUGGAGGAUCUCAGCCAGAGCGUGCUGCUGCACAUGACUGAGAAGCUGGGCUACAAGAACAGCGACGUGAUCAACACCGUGCUGUCCAACAGGGCCAGCCACACCCUGGCCAUCUACUUCCUGCUCAACAAGAAGCUGGAGCGCUACCUGGCCAGCCUCAGGAAGGCUGAAGGCCAGGACAGUGUUUGCCACAAGAACCAGCUAUACCAGAUAGAAAAAUACAAGGCCAAUAAAGACUCCUAUGAGGACAAAAAACUCAAAGAGCAAGAAAAGAAAGGGGAGAUCCUUCACCGUCAGCUCCCAAAGAAAACUGAGAAAAGUCCAGUUUCAUAUAGACAGCCUUCUUCCUGUCUUAUCUCACAGAUCCAGAACACCAAGGCUCUGCUGAAGGACCGGAAAGUCGCCAAGGCCGGGGGUCCGGACAAAGACUCCAGCGUGAGCCCUUUCCACGAGCCCCAGGCACCCAAGACGGGCUGUGUCACCUCCAGCUCCCUGGAAUACCUGGAGGUGCAGCAGCCUCCCCCCAGGACCCCCCGGCUCCUCAAGAGGCAGGAGUCUCCGCAGCCGGAGCCGUCCCGCAUCGGGAGCCGGCCCAAGGACUCCCCUCUCAUCCUCAACAUCGUGCACUCCUUCGAGUCGGUUGACAGGGAGGACCAAAUAGACCAGGUGUCCCCCUCUCACCAGUACAGAAUUUUAGGCUCUCCGAUGAAUUUCCCUUACAAAAGCUCCAGUGAAAGGACACUGUCGCCGCUCUUUCCCCCGGGGAGCACGUCCCCCGUCCACCCCACCCAGGUCUCUUUCACCUAUGAAGAGAAAGCGUAUCCUGCAAAGGAAGAGGCGGUGUCCCCUACCCAGCUGGUCCCCAGCAACCCCCUGGGCAGCCCAAACUGUGUGAAAAGCAGGGGCAGGUUCCCCAUGAUGGGGAUCGGACAGAUGCUGAGGAAGAGGAACCAGAGCAUGCAGUCAGCCAGCGAAAAGCCCCUGGAAGCCAGGAUGCCUCAGCUGCAGCAGAUGAGCCCCACACAGAUUUCCUUCAACACAGAGGCUGUCAGCGGCCAGUGUUAGCCUGACAUCCUGGGGUUUGCACUGCUCUUCUCUGGGAUCUAACCUUUUUCUCCUUUAAGCAAGAAGGGAAAGCCACAGGCACGUUGCUGUCACCACGUGAUACCCCGCGGUGCUGCAGCGCAGGAAAUCGGAGGUUUGCUUGCAAGGAAGGCACUGUCCUGCAUAUUAAACUUGAAAGAAAAGGGCUCUGCUUGUGCUGUUAAGAAAUAAUCACAUUUGGCAUCUGACUGUACAGUAAAACACCCUGCAAGAGCUGCGUGGAUCUGCAUUUUCACUGCUCUCACCUGGGUGGAAGAACCAUGAGCACCGAGGGUUUGGUUCCUGCAGGGAAUCAGUGCCAGGCCAGGAUCUCUGCUGUGACUGUCCCUGCUCCACCUGCCUGUGCCACACAGUGCUGCUGCAGGCAUUGUUCCUGGGGCAGGAGAGGGGGAAAUGCCAGUACUCUGUCCAAAGUGAGCUUGCUGACAAGCCCUGAUGAGAAGAUGAAGGUGGUAGAAGCUUGAGUAAAGACGUGAGUGGUCUAGCUCAGAAAAAGUGGGAAUAUUGGAAUUCAAAGCAGAUUUUACUGUUAAUUACAUAAAGUAGGUAAUAACACAAUCAUUUUUUUGUGAAGAAAACUGUGAUUUAAUCAUGUCACAAGAAACAUGAUUAUUUAAAAACAAGUGUCAUCAUGUGGAAAUUCACUGCAUUGGUCCCUGUUACAGCAAGGCAGCAUUGGACACACCUGAAGGCUUCUCUGGGACUGCAGUGAAUUAAAAAGACUAAUAAAGGACACAUGAACCUGUACCAAGUCCAUUUUAUACUCCAAGAUUGGUAAUGUAGUGGUUACCAAAAAUUGGGUAUUGUUAUGAGCAGUGGAGAUUGACUUUCUUAAAAGACACCAUGUUCUGUAUACCAGUCUUGUUUUUCUAAGUAAAUGAUACAUCUGACAGCUUGGCAACAUCUUUUUGGUUCUGUUUCUGUCCUCAAACUAUUUCCUAUAAAUGAGAAGGUUUAGCCAAAGACAAAGACUGCUCUUUUCUCUCCUCUGUCCCACCCCUGCAUUGUGUGUUCAGAGCAUCUCAGCAAAGCUUGUUCCAGCCUGGUUCUGCUGCCACCACUGAAUGGCAUUUCAAAACCCAGGAAGCAGAGGUGCUGACUUCUUGUCUUUGGAAGAUGGGAUUGUGCCACUGGUGGAAAUCCAGGCCCUGUUUUCAUCCAUACUUUUACAAUUCCAUUGCCCUGUUGGUGUCUGUGCAGAUGCUGAGGGUUAGCCCUGUUUGGGAAGUUUUCCUUCCAGUUCCACGAGCAGGAUAUUCAGAGCCAAGGUCAGGAGGGGCAUAGUUCAACCUUUGUACAGGCUUGACACCAAAAUCUGCAGGGAAAAAUGGACAUUAAUCUGAAUACUGACAGAUAACUGGGCUGCUCAGUGCUGGCAAAACCAGCAGAGUGAUGCCCAGAGCACCCAUCUCAUCCCUGCAGGUGAGACCUUCCCCUCAGCACUGGGGUUUGGCCCUGGAGAGUCCAUGAGCAUCUUGGACCCUUCAGUGGAAUGACGAGUCCCACCUCUGAGGGAGUUGUGUAAAAUAAUACACAUGAAAACCCCGAUGUGAUGAGAAAAGACAGCCCUGAAAUAAUUUAAUCCAUUUUCAGAUGAAGAAGUGUUGCAUUCUAUUUGUGAAGAGCACCUGUUCAUCCCAAGGGGGUCUUUUUAACUCCUUCAUUUAUAAAUGUCAGAGCAUUUUCAUUCUCUUCAUGCUAAGAACACGUUUGUGCUGCCAAGCCAGUGGGCAGGGACCACUGAAAUCAGGGAUCACUGAAAUCAAGGAUCACUGAAAUCAGAGACCACUGAAAUCCCCCCUUUGUGUUCAUCAGACUCACAUACCCGAGCAGAUGGCAGAUGCCAACUUGAAUUGCAAACUCAGGUUUAUUUGGAACCCAAUAAAAGGUUGGGGGAGGCAGGAAAGAGACAUGUUUUGUUUUGGUUUUGGUUUGGUUUUUUUUUUUUUUUCAUUCGUGGAAACACAGGAAAUAUGUGUAAGAAUCAGAAUGAAAACAAAUGUUAAGUAUUUUAUUAUAUUUAUAGAGAAUAUACGAGUACUACACUGCUAAAACCUAACCAUGUAUUUCAGCUUAGUCAGUAGCUAUGUACAGUCCAACUGCAGUGACCACAGAAGGGACCUACUGAAUACCACAGUGGAAAUUCCAGGGGGGAAAAGCUGUAUUUGGUAUCAUUAUUAAAUAUAUGUAAUUUUUGAACAAGA